CAACCACAACCCAGGUGUAUCUUUCAAAUACCUUAUACCUUCUACCAUACACCUUCUCACAAAUCUUUCAAAGUUUCAAAAACUUGUUAUACAAAAACAUCUUUGUAUAUUUAUUAGUAAUUAUUUAUUCCAUCAAGAUAUAUGACAACCAUGAUGAAAAGAAGCAGAGAAGAGGAUAUGCAAGUGGAAGCACAGGCCAUGGCUAAUUGUGCCUUACUGAUUUUGUCUCGUUUAAACAACAACAACAUUUCUUCAUCAUCAACAACAGAUCAUCAUCAUAACAAUGAUUUUGAAUGCAAGACUUGCAAUAAACGGUUCCCAUCUUUCCAAGCCCUCGGUGGCCACCGUGCAAGUCAUAAUAAACGGCCAAGAUCACUCGGAGAUUUUGUUAUUGAAGCCAAAAAGAACAAGUUGCAUAAAUGUUCUAUUUGUGGUAUGGAGUUUUCUUUGGGUCAAGCAUUAGGUGGUCACAUGAGGCGUCACCGCGAUGAAAUUAAUAAAACGUCGAUGGCUGCAGCAGAAAAGAUGAUGAUACCAGUGUUGAAGAAGUCAAAUAGCUGUAAAAGAAUUUUCUGCUCGGACUUGAACUUAACCCCUAAUGAUAAUGUUGAUUUCAAGUUAUGGCCCACAGCACCGGUUCCAUCUCCUGUUUUGCAUAUCUUUAUUCAAUUCUCUAUUAUCCAUCAAGAUAUGACAACCAUGAAAAGAAGCAGAGGAGAGGAUAUGCAAGUGGAAGCAGAGGCUAUGGCUAACUGUACCUUAAUGCUUUUGUCUCGUUUCAACAAUAACACUUCUUCAACAUCAUCAACAAAUCAUCAUCACGGUGAUUUUGAAUGCAAGACAUGCAAUAAACGGUUCCCAUCUUUCCAAGCCCUCGGUGGUCACCGUGCAAGUCAUAAUAAACGGCCAAGAUUACUUGGAGAUUUUGUUAUUGAAGCCAAAAAGAACAAGAUGCAUCAAUGUUCUAUUUGUGGAAUGGAGUUUUCUUUAGGUCAAGCUUUAGGUGGUCACAUGAGGCGUCACCGUGAUGAAAUUAAUAAAACGUCGACGAUGAUACCGGUGUUGAAGAAGUCAAAUAGCUGCAAAAGAAUUUUCUGCUCGGACUUGAACUUAACCCCUAAUGAUAAUGUGGAUUUCAAGUUAUGGCACACAGCACCGGUUCCAUCUCCUGUUUUGCAUAUCUUUAUUUAAGUUCAUUGAUCAUUUGCUAUUCUAUUAGGAAUAGGAGAAGAUGUAGCUGAUUUGUUAAUUCUCUUAGGGUUAUUCAUUCAUUCAUUUUUCUUGUAUAUUUUCUUAAUUAAUGUAGUUUUUAUAAUUUUUUAUUGCAAUAAAUCGUAAGUUAGUGACUAU